GCAUCGCUGCUGCAGUGAGCGGACCUUGUCACCUCUCGCCAUGGCCUUGCUCGCCUGUCCACGUAUAUUAUCAUAUCCCUCUGCGUAUCUCAUGUUUGCCAGCAGCUCCUGUCCCCUGUUUGAACAUCAGACCACUGUUGGCCCUCACACUGCCAGCACUUUUCAACUCUUCUGCAUAUCGUUUCCGACCAUAUAGAAAGCAGGAGGCCGCAAGAAUCACGCCCCCCCUUCGCACUUGUUUAUUAUCGAAAUAACUGCCCGUCGCUCUCAUUCUGCCUGCCCCCGCCCCCGUCCCGGCCGCAUGGCCGAUCCGGUGUCCACUAUAUAGCGCAAGGCCCUCGGGACAUCGGUUAUCCAUGUAAGCUAGUACUUGGGUGUACUACUGGGCUCCGGGCUGUGCGUCUGUAUGCGAACUAAGCUCGAAACUGGAAAAAAAAAUCCCGCAUGCAUGCAAGCAAGCUUGGUUGCCAAAAAUCCCAUCUAUCCAUCAUCUCCAUUUCCAUCUCCGCCUCCGGGCCCUUCGCGAGCACGCAGCAGCACUCGCGAUUCUCGUCGAAGAAGGGCGGGCAUCGCACUGCGCUGGGCUCGAGAACCUUCGGGCAACAAUUUUGUACGAAAUUUUCCCGUCAUUCUUCGGAUCUCGUUCAGUCUCCGGUCGCUUGCUCCGGUUCUGUUCGGCCACAAUUUUGCUUGUUUCGGACGUUCCACACUUCGGAUUUCAUGAGGACAAACUCCGAUCGAGGCGACUGUCACUUGCGCAACGUGACGUCUGCUCGUUCUUAUUUCGCUUCUUCUUCUUCUUCGACGUAUUGGUGUGGAUUGUAGUGCUGCCAUUCUGAAUUCAACAUGGUGCUCCUCAUGAAGAGCGUUGUUGGUCUGCAUCACUCCAUCCCGGCCGAAGGACUAUGGCAGCGUGGGACAUCGCUGAGGGAUUCCCAACAUCCUUUCUCCCGCACGACCCGCCUUCGCGUGGCAUCGAAGAAGAGAUCUAGGAUCGCUCACCUUGCGGAAGUCGUGACGAAAAUCUACACGCCCAUAUGCUCGACCUCGGGCAGAGUGAAGCAGACGCAGAGAGAGAGCAGCGUUCAGCCUGCUGGGAGCUCCAGAUUUUCAAAUUCACCUCGAGAUCUGAUCUUGAAAGCAAUCGUCACUCUCAGCCGGAAGCCUCGGCCUUCCAUAAGUGAACAAUUCCUCGAUAAAGUGGAUGCUGUUGCUGAUCGGAUGGGGUUCGCAAACAUCCUCCUGCGAUUAGUGAGCAAGGAAAUUGAUCCCAAGACUGGAGUUGAGAAGCGGAGCAAACCUUCGGCUCUGCGAGAUUGGGCUGAAAAAGUAAACGUGGUCGCUGAUAAGCUCCAGUAUACGGUUGAAUGGACCGUACCCAUGGAUUUUGGAUCGCCAGGGGCUGUCGUAGUCCUCAACAACCAUCAAAACGAGUUCUACUUGGAGUCCAUCAGCAUCCGGUCCUCACAUAAUGACGAAGCCACCUACUUCCCGUGCAAUUCCUGGAUUCAACCAGACAAGCUCAGCACUUAUCCCCCGACCGAACGAGUAUUUUUCAGCAACGAGGUGCACGUACCCUCCGCCACUCCACCUGGAUUGAGAGUUCUCCGUGAAAAGGAAUUGAAGGCUUUGCGAGGGGAUGGAAAGGGAGCUCGCAAAGACUGGGAGCGGAUCUACGAUUAUGCCACCUACAACGAUUUGGGAGAUCCAGACAAGGGCUCUGAUCUCGCCCGGCCGACUCUGGGUGGCAACAGCAAAUUACCUUACCCGCGUCGCUGCCGCACGGGCCGACCACCGACGAAGACAGAUCCCAAUCUGGAAAGCAGAGUGGAAGUUGGAGGGAGAAUCUACGUUCCUCGGGAUGAAUGCUUUGACCCUAUCAAGGAGUCAACUUUUAUAGACAGCUGCAUGAAGGGCCUCAUGCACAAGCUUGCGCCAGCUAUGUUUGCGCGACUAACCGACAAGAACUUUGAGUUCAGUAGUUUUGGAGAUAUUGACAAGCUGUACUCUGAGGGCAUUCCCAGUAGUAUGCGUCCCAAGAACAGCGAAACUAAUGAAACUUCUUCAGAGAUUUUCCCUGGAUACUCUGUACCAAACCUCAUACGACAGCUGCCCUUUAUCGGUAACAGUAGUGAUUCAUUCAGCAAGUACCCACUACCGGAGUUACUCUCAAAGGACAAGUUCGCGUGGAUGCGUGACGAAGAGUUUGGCCGCCAGAUGUUAGCAGGACAAAAUCCCUCGACAAUAGAGUGCCUUAAGGUUUUUCCUCCUGUAAGUGAACUGGAUCCUGAGGUUUAUGGAAACCGAGAAUCAGCUAUGACCGCAGAACAAAUUGAAGGCCAACUUGAGGGUCUUACCGUAGAGCAGGCCCUUCAAGAGAAGAAGCUCUUCAUCCUAGACUAUCAUGAUCUUUUCAUGCCUUUCGUUAAUGCUAUUAACAAUUUGGAGGGGCGGAAGACCUACGCUACUCGAACACUAUUUUUCCUAGACAAAGAAAACAUUCUUAAGCCUCUAGCUAUAGAAUUAAGUCUGCCCCCAGCCACGAAGGGAGCCAAAGGGAGUCAACGCGUGUUCACACCAGGGAACGAACCAACGAACUACUGGCUGUGGCAGCUCGCCAAAGCACAUGUCUGCUCCAAUGAUUCUGGACAUCACCAGCUUGUCAGCCACUGGUUGCGCACUCAUGCUUGCACGGAGCCGUAUAUAAUUGCCACGCAUAGGCAACUAAGCACUCUACACCCAAUAUCGAAAUUCCUGCGACCCCAUCUUCGCUACACGAUGGAGAUAAAUGGAGCCGCCAGGAUGAACCUCAUAGCCGCGGAUGGAGUCAUCGCCUCAUCCAUCGACACUUCGGAGGCCGAUCCCGUGACCAAGCUCAUGUUCAAGCUCAUCGGGACUCUGUCGCUGGAGACGUGCUUCACUCCGGGGAAGUACUGCAUGGAGAUGAGCUCUGCAGUUUACAAGCAGAAAUGGCGGUUCGACAUGGAAGCCCUGCCCGCUGAUCUUAUCCGAAGGGGCAUGGCGGAAAAGGAUGCGAACUCGCCUCACGGCUUGAAGUUGAUGAUCGACGACUAUCCAUAUGCAGCGGACGGGCUGCUGCUGUGGUCUGCGCUCGAGGAAUGGGUCGGUGACUAUGUAAAUAUAUACUACGGACACGAUGCGAGGAGUGUUGUAGACGACUACGAGCUUCAGAAGUGGUGGGCGGAGAUCAGGUACGUGGGCCACGCCGAUAAGAAGCACGAGCCGUGGUGGCCGCAGCUGGAGACCAAGGAGGACCUGGUGCAGAUCCUGACGACGAUGCUGUGGAUGACGAGCGGGCACCACGCCGCUGUGAACUUCGGCCAGUUCACGUACGGGGGCUACAUCCCGAACCACCCGUGCUUAACUAGGAAGCUGGUUCCCGAAGAAGGAACCGCAGAAUUCGUAGAAUUCAUCCGAAAUCCGCAAUCGUUUUUCCUGUCCAUGCUCCCGAACCAGGAGCAGGCGACGGUGAUGAUGAUGAUAAUUGAAGCUCUUUCGGCUCACUCGCCCGACGAGGAGUACCUCGGCGAACGAAAGGCCCGCUGGACCAGUGACCGCACGGCCCUCGACGCCUUCAAGCGCUUCACGGAAACCAUGCGCAGCGUGGAGACGGAAAUAGAGCGUAGAAAUAAGAACUCGCGGCUCAAGAACCGCAACGGAGCCGGCGUGCCGCCGUACGAACUUCUGUUCCCGAGAUCCGGUCCAGGCAUCACGGGCCGGGGCGUCCCGAACAGUGUGUCCAUUUGAAGAACCUACCGCGAGCCACGGACGGCGACAGAACUCCUAGAUCAGUCCUCAAAACUCCUGUACACAUAGUAACGUCCUCGAGACAGUGCCCUUACGACUAGCAGCGGCGGCCCGCCCAGGACUACUCCUGACUUCCACCGUGGUCCUUGUGCUGGCAGUCGGUCGGUCUGACGUGGCGCCGCCCUGUACACCUCACCCAUACCCUCCCGCGGCCCGCAGGUCUCGAAUUGCCCAUUUUGCAGUACACACAGCCCACCCAGCUAGCCUCCUUCUCCUCCACUCUAGCUUCUCUCUCUCUCUCUCUGCGUCGCGUCCAGUCCAGUCCAGUCCGGUCGUCCAGUCAGCCGCCAGCCUGGCCUGGCUGGGCUGCCUGCUGCAAGAGGUGUGUCUAGCAAUCCGCGGGUCCUGAUCUUCAAGCCCAGCCUUACGAUCACAUACUUCUCACAUAGUUCACAGAUGUCUAUACACGGCUGUUCCACAUGUCAAUGGUCUCCCUACACGGCAACGCAUUAUUCAUGAUGACUCGAAAUUUGGCGAACUCACCCCGGAAUCCUCACCAAGGCGAUGGAUCUCAGACCAUGGAAUAAGAGCAGUGGGAUGCAACGGAUGUGCUGAUACUAGAUACUGUGCAGACGGGUUCCUUUCACUUACCCAAAUAUCCGCUGCAACCGGACCCUCCUCAGGCCCUCACCCCUUCGAUGCUUGCACCGCAAGUCCACAGGGACUGCGAGCAAACUCGGAGCACACUCGACUCGCAGCAGCAGCAGCAGCAACAACAGCAACAGCAGCAGCCGACCAGAGAAGCGACACCAAGCGAGCCAAGCGAAGCAAAGCAAGAAUGAAAGCAACCGAGCAAGCGACAGCGCGACAAAGUAUUGAACCAUCUAGCCGUUCCGCAGAGGCACAUGUUCUGGCUAAGCGAGCAAAUCACAGAUUGACGAAGCGAACAUGAAUGAAUGACGACGACACGAACGUCUGCGGACGGCUCAGAGAUAUGCUUGCCUUCGAACUCUGGAGAGCAUACACGCACACAACAUACACACAAACACACGAUCACAGGACCGAGACACGAAACGAAAUUUAUUGGUGAUUGUUUCAAAGCGGGCCGGCCAGUCCCGAUCUGAUAAAUCGUAUCCAUCACCUUGAGACGAGAUCUGUGUUCACAUUUCGGCUGCUGAGUGCAGGAUACAUGAACGACGCACAAUAGAGAUUGUAGCAGUCUCGAUUGUCAGAGGCAGUAGCACGAGCAGUUGCAGUAGUUGGAUGGAGGAAAAAAAUAGGACUUUCAAUAAGGUUGGAGAUAAUUUUUAGAAUUGGAGUCCACUCUAGAGCUUUUGCAUUAUGCAAUGUAUGAAGCAGUAUUUCGGAUAGAAGAAACGCGGCAUUUAGUGUAGCUCUAGCACAAGGACAAGUCCAGGCCUUGUCCGAUGUAUUGUCUUUAUUUGCUAUGCACAAGUAUUCGACUCGGCUUUACUUAUG